UGUCAAAAUGGCCGCGCCCAUCGUGCACGAUCGGCCCUGAGGUGGGGAGUUAAGUCCCUUACCGCUGCGAGCGAGCAGGUCUGCCGCACUUCUGACUCUGACACCCCAAGAUCCGGGUUUUUCCGGGGCGAGCGGUGGAAUCCGCGAGAAGUUUCUGCCAUGGUUUGUUCGGGUCUCAGGAGAGUUGCCCGUGCAGGUGUUUACCUGGUGAGAAAGAUCAGCAGUGUCUCCAGAGGUCAGCAGCACAGGGCCUUGAGCCCUGGGUCCAGCGCCCAGGGAGCCCCAGGCUGUGAGGUGGAGUUGCUAGGCAAAGCCUACUGUCAGGACACCUACACCAACCUCACCAGGAAGGUGCUCUCCAAGGUUGGCAGGAACCUGCACAACCAGCCACACCACCCAUUAUGGCUGAUCAAGGAGAGGGUGAAGGAGCACUUCUACAGGCAGUACCUGGGCCGCUCCAGAACCCCACUGUUCUCUGUCUACGACAACCUACCUCCAGUGGUCACCACCUGGCAGAACUUUGACAGCCUGCUCAUCCCAGCCGAUCACCCCAGCCGGAAAAAGGGUGACAACUACUACCUGAACCGGACCCACAUGCUGAGGGCGCACACGUCAGCGCACCAGUGGGACUUGAUCCACUCGGGGCUGGACGCCUUCCUGGUGGUGGGGGACGUCUACCGACGGGACCAGAUCGACGCCCAGCACUACCCAGUCUUCCACCAGCUGGAGGGCGUCCGGCUCUUCUCCAAGCACGAGUUAUUUGUUGGCAUAAAGGAUGGAGAAAGCCUGCAGCUCUUUGAACAGAAUUCUCGUUCUGCCCACAAACAAGAGACACAUACGAUGGAGGCUGUCAAGCUAGUAGAGUUUGACCUGAAACAGACACUUACCAGGCUGGUGACACAUCUUUUUGGAGAUGGGCUGGAGAUAAGAUGGGUGGACUGCUACUUCCCCUUCACUCAUCCUUCCUUUGAGAUGGAAGUCAAUUUCCGUGGAGAAUGGCUGGAGAUCCUUGGCUGUGGGGUGAUGGAACAACAACUGGUCAAUUCAGCUGGUGCUCAAGAGAAGAUCGGCUGGGCCUUUGGCCUGGGGUUGGAAAGACUGGCUAUGAUCCUGUACGACAUCCCUGACAUCCGCCUCUUCUGGAGUGAGGAUGAGCGUUUCCUGAAGCAGUUCCACGUGGCUGAUAUCAACCAGAACGUAAAAUUUCAGCCUCUUAGCAAAUAUCCUGCUGUGAUCAAUGACAUUUCAUUCUGGUUGCCGUCUGAGAAUUACACAGAGAAUGAUUUCUAUGACUUAGUCCGAACAAUUGGAGGAGACCUGGUGGAAAAGGUGGACCUUAUAGACAAGUUCAAACAUCCAAAGACGCACAAGACCAGCCACUGCUACCGCAUCACCUACCGCCACAUGGAGCGCACCCUGUCCCAGAGGGAGCUCAAGCACGUCCACCAGGCCAUCCAAGAGGCCGCCGUGCGGGACCUGGGCGUGGAGGGCAGGUUUUGAUGUCACACUUCCCCCAGGCUGGGUGCCCCCAAUGGCUCACAGCUGAAAGAGGAAAAGAUAUUGUACCUGAACCAGGGCAUCAGGCAUCUUUUGAUAAAUGAGUCAGUUUUAGGACUUUCAGAAAAUAAAGGAUCACUUUUGAGAAA